AUGAAUAGCAGUGACAUGUGGCCAGAGACAAACUAUACUCCACCAUUGCCUCCUAUUAAUAGAAGGAUGCCUGGUAGGCCAACUACUAAGAGGAAGAAAUCCACUACAGAGAAUAUAGGAACACACAGGGUUUCUAAGGCUGGAAAGAAAACCAUAUGUAGUAUUUGCAAGGAGAUAGGUCACAACAAGGCCACUUGUCCACAAAGAAGGCCCCAAAAGUUAAAUAUGAAGAAACAGAAGAAACACAAAGUAUGUGUGAACCAAAACGCAGAACAUACAAGUGAACCACAACAACAUGAAGAGGUUGAAAUGACUCCAAUUGAGAUGGAUACUACUCAAAAUGAUAUGCAAGUUGCUCCUACUGAUGUUGAAUCUAGUAGUGCAGGGGAUUUUAGUCAUUAUAUGCAAUUUACUCCACCUAGAUGUUAUGAAGAUGAGGAGGCUGAGGAGGUUGAUCUUGUUAUCCAAUUUGAUAAUGUAAAUGUUCAGGAGGUUGAUGAGGUUAAUCCUAAUGCCCAAGUGGAUAAUGGUAAUGUUCAGGAGGUUGCUCCUGUUAACCAAGUUCAACACGUUUGUGUUAGGCCAAUUUCAGAUAUUUUGAAGAGGAUAAGGAGAAGAAAGUCAGAGAGAAUACUGAAGCUGAAAUUAGGCAAAACAAUUGGUGGUGUUGAUGAUCUAGGAAAUUCGAAGGGAAAAGCUCUUGUAAUUGAUUAG